CAGAGUGUUUUACUCUUGUAUCUGCGUGUUUAGUGUCUGAGUUCCAAACCAUGGCUGAAACGAAGCUAACUACAGAUGAUGCACUUAACUAUCUCAAAACUGUGAAGGAGAAAUUCCAAGAUAAUCGUGAAGUAUAUGAUUCCUUUCUUAACGUCAUGAGGGACUUCAAAUCUCAAAGACUUGAUACUCUUGGUGUCAUAUCAAAAGUGAAGGAACUCUUCAAGGGGCAACCAGAGCUGCUUUUGGGUUUCAAUACAUUUUUGCCAAAGGGUUUCGAUAUAACCUUGGAGGAUGACCAAGUGGUCCAAGCUAAUGGUUUUGACAAGGCAGUUAGUUUUAUCAAUAAAGUCAAGGCAAGGUUUGAAGGCAAUAGAGAUACAUACACCUCAUUUUUAGAUGUUUUGAACAUGUAUAAAACGCAAAACAAGCCCAUUGCCCAGGUCCACCAUGAGGUGGCUAUCCUCUUCCGAGACCAUCACGAUUUGCUUGUGGAUUUCGCUAACUUUCUCCCUCAUUAUAGAUGA